CAAUCGACACAAUACCUCAAAACCCCUUUCACGCAAAGCAGAUUCGCGACAUUUGCAAGCUCUCGAGGCUUCGGAACGGAGGGCGCCACCAUGGUUCUGCACAUGCUAGCAGUGUUUGGCCGCGAGACGGCCCACCCUCCUGUGUUGAUCGAGUCGGAGGAGGCGCUCAAGAAGACACAUGCGCCAAUGUUAACGGACGAGGAGCAAGCGGCAGAGGACGCUGCUUGCGCCAAGGUUAUAGACACUGUAUUCAACGCGGCAAAGCCCGCGUCAAGGCACAAGCAGCUGCUGGGCAAGGGCAGUGGAUACCUGUACGAGGCGUCGCCCUACUGCUCGUACGCUGAGCGCGACGGCGUGCACGUCAUCUUCACUGGGGAGGUCGGCGAGUGGCCCGGCAUUGACGUCGUCUCUUCCGCCCACGACGCCUUCGUCCGCAAUGAGCCCCCGCUCGAGGCGAACGACGCCGCCUGGCUGCUCGACUUCUACGGGACGUUCGGCCGCGGCGCCAGCGAAAGCACCACGCAGCGCGCGCUGGAAUGCCUGGCCCGUGUGAAGGGCACCUUCGCUUUCAUCAUCUACGAUGCCGUGCACCACCGCGUGCUGGCCGCCCGCGACAGCGAGGGCGUGCAGCCGCUGUUCUGGGGCUGCACCGACAGCGGCCAGCUCAUGUUCGGCAGCGUGGCCGACGACCUGGACGGAUGCAACCCCACCGCCGCGCCCUUCCCCUCCGGCACCCUGUUCGCCAGUGAGCGGCACACGGUGGCGUACAGCCCCGGUGCUUACGGCUGGGUGAUUGUGGAUGAUGACUUUCCCGGCCUCAUCAUGAGCUUCCAGCGCACCAAGGAGGGGGCAGAGGGCUGGCGCAACGUCAAGGCCAUUCCGCGCGUCACCAGCAAGGGCGUGGUGUGCGGCGCGGUCUACAAGGUGGCGAGCGCGCAGAACAUCGACUCCGCCUAAAGGACGACCGCUUAGCAGUUGGAGGAGCAAAAACGGGGGCUCUGGACUGAUGGAGGUCAGGUGGUUGGGCGUGUAGCAGAGGAGUUGCGCUGUGUGGCUGCUGUGUUCCACAAGGGCAGCGACGGGUGCAAAAACAUGCAUUACGAGGCUGGCUUGCUACGGUUUGCGUUCCGAUGCAAGAUGUUGAUAUUCUGGUUACGAAAGAGCCAGGUGCAAACGCAACCCUCAUAAGGCAUGUUGAAUUGGCGGCAGUUGCGGCGCGAUGUUUGGUUGACCGGAUGCUGGUUGAAGGCUGGGCGGACGUGCCUGGGCUCGGAUAACGGGUUGUUCCAUUGUUUUGGACCUGCUGGACGGCUGUUUACACCCUGCUAUCGAUUGCUACUGCGGCGUAAGUGCCGUUAACGGCGCAGAGACAGGGGGCAGCUUUACACCCCCUGCGACUGGGGACUUCUGGAACAUCUAGGUGAUGCAUGCGUAGCUCAGCCGCAAGGGGAGGUGCGUUCAAGUCCCUGACUCUGCAAUGUGGAGUCCUGUUUACCGUGUGGCGUUAUGCAAGCUUAAAUGCGCAGCAGACACGAAGAGCUUCAUUCAGGACUCGACAAGUGUUCGCCGGUCACAAGAAAAGGGGCUGAGCCCCUCCACAGUCUGAGGCCGAACAACCUCAUCGCCCGGACAUACGGUAGCCGGGGUCGGUUUCCACAGGCACAUAGCCAAACCAUGUGGCUAUCUAGCAGUC